GUGCAUUCAAGAUGGCGCUCUCCAUGUUUCCACGAUGGCAUGACAGAUGUUAAAAAAUCAAUCGUAUUCCGUUACAUUUUGUUCAAUCUGAGUCGUUUAUUAAUUGUUAUAUAAAAGUACAAAUAUGGGUAUCUUAGAGAAAAUCCAGGAGAUUGAGCGGGAAAUAUCCCGUACCCAGAAAAACAAAGCAACGGAGUACCAUCUUGGGCUGUUGAAAGCAAAGUUAGCGAAAUACAGACAACAGUUGAUAGAACCCACUGGGAAGGCUGGAGCUAAGGGAGAGGGGUUUGAUGUUAUGAAAUCAGGAGAUGCUAGAGUUGCACUAAUUGGAUUCCCCUCGGUCGGAAAGUCUACACUACUGAACACACUGACAUCUACACACAGUGAGUCUGCUAACUAUGAAUUUACUACGCUCACCUGUAUUCCAGGUGUUAUAGAGUACAAUGGUGCUAACAUUCAACUACUUGAUUUACCUGGUAUCAUAGAGGGAGCUGCUGCAGGUAAGGGUCGAGGACGUCAGGUUAUUGCCGUUGCCAGAACAGCUGAUGUCGUCAUUAUGAUGUUGGAUGCCACGAAAAAAGAAAUUCAGAGAGAACUUCUGACAAAAGAAUUGGAGAGCGUGGGUAUACGACUCAACAAACAAAGACCAAAUAUAUAUUUCAAGCAAAAGAAAGGAGGAGGGAUAUCAUUCAAUUCAACAUUACCCCUGACAAAGUGCAACGAAAAAAUGGUGCAAAUGAUUCUGCAUGAAUGGAAAAUAUUCAAUGCUGAAGUUUUAUUCCGAGAAGAUUGUACAUCUGAUGAAUUUGUGGACAUCAUCCUUGGAAGUAGAGUGUACCUAGAAUGUAUCUAUGUAUAUAACAAGAUUGACCAGAUUUCUAUAGAAGAAGUGGACAGAUUAGCUAGAAUGCCUGACACUGUUGUUGUGAGUUGCAAUGUGAAGUUGAAUCUUGACUAUUUGUUGGAGAAAGUCUGGGAAUACCUAGCCUUGGUGCGAGUUUACACAAAGAAACGAGGGGAGAGACCAGAUUUUGAUGGAGGACUGAUCUUAAGAAGGGGCUGUACUGUAGAACAUGUGUGUCAUACAAUACACAGGACGAUUGUAAACACUUUCAAGUAUGCCUUAGUCUGGGGAACGAGUGUCAAAUACAGCCCACAACGUGUUGGCUUGAACCACCUUAUGAACCAUGAUGAUGUCAUUCAGAUUGAAAAGAUGGUGACAACUGCGAGCGACAAAAGACUGAAUCCUGUCGCUGUGCUGCUCGUCACGUCUGGUACACGGGGUGACAGACUUCUGUAUAAAUAUCCUGUAGAACCAGACGUACCGACAGACGGAGAUAAGUCCAAACCCUACAGUGUCAAGAAUCCUUAUGCUGUGAAAAUAAGUGAAAACCUUCAGGCAUGCAAGAGCCAAAGACCAAGCAGCAAAAAGCAUACAAACACACUGGACAAUGUCAGAUUCAGUGAUCAGAUACUUGCCAAUCUGUUAGCAGUGAAAUCUGACCUCUGUAGCAUGAGGUUUAAUGUGAAAGUGGAUGACAUUCACUUCAUUGGCUACCCAAUGUUAUUUGAUCCUUGCACAAGUCAGGCCGCAGGAAAAUCUUCACAUCAGAUCAUCUCUUUCAGCAUAAUUCUGGCUCUCAAGGCCCACCUAAAUUUGUCUGUGAUAAACUGUUACCAUGACCUGAUGAAACAGCUCACUGUAGCCGUGCAUUAUGAAGAACGACGGAGACAUUAUCUAUCCCAACAGGCAAAGAUCAUGCUGAGCGUCCAUGACGAGGUGGCUGCCAUGCCGGAGGAAGAUUCUAUGGAGUCUCCCUUUUCUUUAAUCCUGAAGAGGAGUUCACUAGCUCAAGAUCUUAAAUCUAUGUUUGAAAGUUUGUGUGAUAAUGGUAUGGUCAAGCUACUGGUCAAUAACUUUAUACUUGUGAGCUUCUGUCUCCCUCACAAGAUGCAUAGACAGCCCUGGGCCUCCAGAAAUCUUUUAAUUGAGCCUGGGAAGAUUCAACGGUGCCUGGAGAUGUUGAGACCAUACCAUGGAAUUCUUUUGCUGACGGACAAACAAAGCUUGCAGGAGUUCCUUCCCUUAGAUGGAACUCAGUCUCUCAAUAAACUGAUCACGGUUACCAACCCUCUCAAAAGUCUGCAGACCCUGGCUCUGGAGGCUGACCUCAAUCUCUCCCAGGUGUUCCAGAUGGUCAGUCAUCUGGUGUACUGGGCCAAGGCAACGGUGAUCUUCCCUGUAUGUGGUACCAACAUCUAUGUCCUAUCUCCUGCGGUUGUCUUAAACUCGAGUUUGAAUGAAAGAUUUACUGCAACAUUUCAAGAUAGAUCACUGCCCGUUGAAUUGUCAAAGUUCUCCUAUCCAGUACAACUGAGAGAUACUAGAGAUAUAUUGGAUCAUCCAAAAAACCAGGAGGAGAAAGUACAGAUAGUGUUUUGGCUGCUGCAGCAUAGACUCAUCUUUCAGCAACACACAUACACAUUUUUUGUGCCAUCUUUGUCUAGAAGGAAGAAGAAGACUUCAGAGGAUGUAAGUCGUAUUAUGCCAAUAUUGCCAGAGGAGGAAAGUUUGGCUUUUGAAAACCGGGCAUCCAGUAUUUCAGAUGUGGCAUCAGUCAACAGUGAUGAAAGCGUGAGCAUAGGGUCAAACUCUAUCAAUGCAAUGUUUUCAAAGUCACCUUCCUCAGAGAUAGCUAGUGACAGUUCACAAGUAUCAGAGGACAUGAGGGCAGGCAAUAGAAACAGCCAAGACGGCUUGUCUCACUUAUCAAAAGAGGAGCAAGAUUGUGUUUUAAGUGUUCCUGCUGCCAAAAAUCCAGAGGAUUUGAAACUCUUUUCAAGGUUGUGUUCCUACUUCAAUGGAAAGCAUCAUUUAGAAGAAAUCAUGUACUACGAAAACCUCCAUAGAGCCCACUUAGUGACAUUAUUAGACAAAUUUAGAGAUGUUCUUAUCAUGUGCCAAUACCAGGACCCUGCCACAGCGCUUGGGGUCAGAUGAUAUUUAUCAGGCUCACUUUAAACUUUUUUUAUAUUAAUAUUAAAAUGAACUUUAUGCUAUAGAGAUUGUUCUGUUUUGAUAAAAUAUAAAUUAAUACAGUACAAUAUCAAACAAGAGCUGUUGUAGAACAGCAUAGGUCGUCUCGCAAAUGUUUGUCAAUAAAUAAACAAA